CUUCAGGCGCUUUUUUUCCCCAGGCGGUGCUUCCAUGCUGCCUUGGCCGAAGGCGGCUGGCGUAAAGGAGAAGUGCUAAGCGAGGAAGAUUGUUUUCCUCCUCCUCCUCCUCCUGCUAAGGCUCUUUUAGGAUUGACUUCGUAUUGUCUUUUUCCCCCCUUCUCUCAGGAACUGCGGCCUCCUCAGUUGUUUGGAGAGCUGAGGCUGCCAAAGUGUUGAGGACAAAAGGAGCACCAGAAUUUCUGUUACAGGAAAAAGCGUCUCAGCCACUUUUGUUCCGUUUUAAGAGAGCCGUUGUCCUGGACAGGAAAGGGAGGAUUUCAAGUUUAGAGAAGGAGUUCAGCACGACACCUGCCAUCUUGCUUAAAAAGGAAACGAGUUGAGACGACUUUUCAAGCUUUAGUCCAGUAAUUGCACUAGUUUACCUGCAGCAAACCUUCAGGAUAACUGGUGUGAGAUUUCCUGGCUCUUAAGGGACUCUUUCCUAGUAUUUUCCCCUUGAGAAGGAGGAGGGGGAAGGCGCGUGUGCACGAGUUCCAAAUAUAAUAUGAUGCUCUUUGGAUGGCUCUGUAGGAGUAUGUAUAAAAAAUAGAAGGUCCGACACAUUCGUGAGAAAGUGGAAGAAGUAGGUACCCUACUCCCUCCAGAUUAUUCUACCUCUUCCCUAAUUUUUUACCUAUCACCUAUCAUGACUCAGGAAAGUGAGCAUGGGAAAUGGACAGUGUCAAGUAGUGAUGAGAGUGCAGAUGAGCAACCUGGUUCUGAGAAGCCAUCCACCUCUUCAAUGCUACCUGCUGGGGGAAGUGAAAGUGGGGUUCCCCAUUACCCUUGUUCAGAGGCCAGAAAAGCUGCUGUCAAGAGAAAAUCUUCCCCUCUGAAAUAUAACAAUGAAAGCUGUCCAAAAGUGUCUCCAGCCCUCAAACAGAAGCCUUCUCAAGAAGGCUUAGGUUGGUGCCUUUCAAGUAGUGAUGAAGAGGAAGAUUUCAAAGAGCAACAAGGGAAAGGAGAGGCAACAGCCAAAGUCACCCAGGAAGAAUGCUGGGUGCCUAAAGAACCAGUCACAACUCAUAAGCUUCUACAGAGUCACAAAUCUGCAGCACCAUCUGACAAAGUACAGGACACUUGGGAUCUGUUGAAUGGAGGGAACCCUUUCAGAUUCUUCCUCACUAAAGUCAAAGGAAUUAAGUCAAAGUACAAUACUGGAGCUCUCCACAUAAAAGAUAUUUUGUCUCCCCUGUUUGGAUCCCUUGUAUCUUCUGUUCAGUUUAACUAUUGUAUAGAUGUGGAGUGGCUUGUGAAUCAAUAUCCAAAAGAAUUCAGGGACAAACCUUUAUUAAUAGUCCAUGGUGAGAAACGGGAAUCCAAGGCUGAGUUACAUGAGCAAGCAUGUCCAUAUAAAAAUGUCCGCUUGUGCCAGGCGAAGUUGGAUAUUGCAUUUGGCACCCACCACACGAAAAUGAUGUUGUUGCAAUAUGAGGAAGGCUUUCGAGUAGUAAUACAUACAUCCAAUCUUAUUGAAGAUGACUGGUACCAGAAAACACAAGGAAUAUGGCUGAGUCCUCUGUAUCCAAGGCUACCACCUGGAUCUGCUGAAACUGAUGGAGAAUCUCAUACCAAUUUUAAGUCUGACCUAAUAAGCUAUUUGAUGUCUUACAAUUCUCCUACACUCAGUGAAUGGGUUGAAGUAAUCAAGCAACAUGAUUUUUCAGAAACCAGAGUAUAUCUUCUUGGGUCAACUCCAGGUCGAUACCAGAACAAUGAAAAAGAGAAAUGGGGUCAUCUUAGACUUAGAAAGCUUUUGAAAGAGCACACAGAGCAGUUACCUACUCAGGAUUCUUGGCCUAUAAUAGGACAGUUCUCAAGUAUUGGAUCAAUGGGAGCUGAUCAAUCCAAAUGGCUGUGCUCAGAAUUUAGAGACAGUUUGGCCUGUCUAGGAAACAGUGUCAAGACUCUAACAAAUCAUGAUGUUCCCAUUCAUCUGGUUUACCCAACUGUGGACAAUGUGAGACAAAGUUUAGAAGGAUAUCCAGCUGGGGGCUCUCUUCCAUACAGUAUUCAAACUGCACAGAAACAGCUUUGGCUGCAUUCUUAUUUUCACAAAUGGUCAGCUGAAACUUCAGGACGUAGCCAUGCAAUGCCACACAUUAAGACUUACAUGCGAGUAUCUCCCGAUUUCCAGAAGAUUGCAUGGUUUCUAGUUACAAGUGCGAAUCUUUCUAAGGCUGCUUGGGGAGCUUUUGAGAAAAAUGGUACACAGCUGAUGAUCCGAUCAUAUGAGCUAGGAGUUCUCUUUCUGCCUUCAGAAUUUGGCUUAGAUACAGGCUAUUUCCAAGUGAAGGAAAACAUUUUUUCUGAUGAGCCAAUGUUGUCAUUUCCUGUGCCUUACGAUUUGCCCCCAGAAAAAUAUGAAAACAAAGAUCGUCCAUGGAUUUGGAAUAUUCCCUACACCAAAGCUCCUGAUUCACAUGGAAACAUGUGGGUUCCUAAAUGAAUAACUCAAGUUCACUCAAAAAUUCAUCAUCCUGCUUUCUGGGCCCACUUGUAUGUGCCUGUAAGACUUGGUCAUUUGAAAAACAGGAUUGUACAGAUGAUGAAAUCCAUUUCUUUAAAACAGAUUAUUUUUAAAGUGACAGUAUUUUUUAGAAACUAACAAAGUGCAGUGUCUCUAGUUCUCAUGAUGAUAUAAUGCUUUUAAAAAUGUAUUUAUAAACUUAAUUACUCUAUUUUGAAAAAGCCAUGUGAAUUAUGUCAGGUGGCUACCUUUAUAUUGUGACCUAAACAUUUUCAACCAUGUUUGCUUUUCCUGGAAAUAAUGGCCAUGAUGAAGAAAAAAGUUGUAUAGUUGAAAUAAAGCUAAUAAAAAGACUUGAUUACAAGAA